AUGCGGGGCGACUGCUGUCAGAACUUUACGGUGAUGUUGCUCGUGCCGCUGUGCUCGGGCGCCGGGCUGGGCCGGCCUCCGCACCUGGUCUUCGUGUUAGCAGACGACCUGGGCUGGAACGACGUGGGCUUCCACGGCUCGCUCCUCCGCACGCCGCACCUGGACGCGCUGGCGGCAGGUGGGGUGCAGCUGGAAAACUACUACACGCAGCCGCUGUGCACGCCGUCGCGGAGUCAGCUACUCACUGGUCGCUAUCAGAUCCACACAGGUCUACAGCAUCAGAUAAUCUGGCCCUGUCAGCCCAGCUGUGUUCCUCUGGAUGAGAAGCUCCUGCCCCAGCUCCUACAGGAAGCAGGCUAUGCUACCCACAUGGUUGGGAAGUGGCACCUGGGGAUGUACCGGAAAGAAUGCCUUCCCACCCGCCGAGGAUUUGACACCUACUUUGGAUAUCUUGUAGGUAGUGAAGAUUACUACUCCCAUGAGCACUGCGCAUUUAUUGAGCCUUUGAAUGUCACACGGUGUGCUCUUGAUUUUCGAGAUGGUGAAGAAGUUGCAACACAGUAUAAAAACCUGUAUUCAGCAAACCUAUUUACCAACAGGGCUACGUCCCUCAUAGCUAACCAUCCUACAGGAAAGCCUCUGUUUCUCUACGUUGCUCUCCAGUCUGUCCAUGAGCCCCUUCAGGUCCCGGAGGAAUACCUGAAGCCUUAUGACUUUAUCCAAGAUAAGAACAGGCGUCUCUAUGCAGGAAUGGUGUCCCUUAUGGAUGAAGCAGUAGGAAAUGUCACUGCUGCCUUAAAAAGUCAUGGGCUCUGGAACAACACAGUGUUCAUCUUCUCCACAGACAAUGGAGGGCAGACCCUGGCUGGAGGCAACAACUGGCCGCUUCGAGGAAGAAAAUGGACCCUGUGGGAAGGAGGUGUCCGAGGGGUGGGCUUUGUUGCAAGCCCCUUGCUGAAGCAGAAGGGCGUGAAGAGCCAGGAGCUCAUCCACAUCUCUGACUGGCUGCCGACACUGGUGAAGCUGGCAGGGGGCCACACCCAAGGCACCAAGCCCCUGGAUGGCUUUGACGUGUGGAGAACCAUCAGUGAAGGAAGCCCGUCCCCCAGAGUGGAGCUACUGCACAACAUCGACCCAGGCUUUGUAGACCCCUCGCCAUGUCCUGGGAACAAUACAGCUCCAGCAAAAGAUGAUUCUUCUCUUCCAGAAUAUUCAACCUUUAACACCUCUGUCCAUGCUGCAAUCAGACAUGGAAAUUGGAAACUACUCACGGGCUUUCCAGGCUGUGGAUCCUGGUUCCCUCCACCAUCUCAAUACGGUGUUUCUGAGGUGCGCUCAUCAGACCCCCCAACCAAGACCCUGUGGCUCUUUGAUAUUGACCAGGACCCCGAAGAAAGGCACGACCUGUCUGGAGAGUACCCCCACAUCGUCAGACAGCUCCUCACCCGUCUGCAGUUCUAUCAGAAACACUCGGUACCCGUGUACUAUCCGGCGCAGGAUGCACGCUGCGACCCCAAGAGCACUGGCGCCUGGGGUCCCUGGAUGUAGGAUUUUGGAGAGGCGGGAAUGUCUUUCUGUUGUAUGCUGGCCCUUGGGCCUUGACCACUGCAGCCUCUUGUCCCAUUUGUUCUCUGCCUGCCCCAUACCCAGCCCAUCUGGCCCUUCUCUUGCUCCUAAACUACACCAGGGAGCCUACUUUCCACCAUUGGUGCAACUCAGACAGUGACCACAUUAAGCACUCCUGCUGCUGGCCCAGACUAUGUCUGGAGGCGGGUGGCUGGCUCAUCCCCUCUCCCAGCUGUGGGACAGCUGGGGACUUGACAUUGGAAGUGAUCCGGGGACCAGAGCAGCUGGCUCUUUUUGCCUCACAAGUCAGACGUUAGAUUUCCCUCAGAUUUUCCUCUGCCAAUAAUGGGUGUUAUUGGAGUGACUCACAUUUCUUGUAACAAGUGAAGGGUGUGGCCAGACGGUUGUUUGGUUCUGCUGGCCAGGGGUUCCCCAUCUUUGGAUGGUCAUGACCCCUCAGCUCAUCCCUCACCCACACAUCUCAUCAUGGAGUGGAAGGCCAGCAUGGCAAUAUGCCAACAUCUUGGUUUUGGUUUUUACAAUAAAGAGAUGUGUUUUUAUCCUAAAUUCUUUCCCCAGCUAUUGCCCAUUCUGUCUAGACUUCCUGCCACCCCCAACUCCCCUGUGGCUCUCGUCUUGCCAUUCCUCUUGACUCCGAUGGCUGGUGCCUGCGGAGACUGCGUCACUUCUCUUCUCUGAGCAGCUGGAUUGAGGAAGAUGCUGAGCCCUGACUUCCCUUGGCCCGUAAUACUAAGGCCACGGCCCUGCUGGAAAAUGUGACCAGGUCACUCUAUGAUCUUGCCCCUGGGGAUGCCAGGAAGACUGGGUGGGAAGUACAUGAGUGUGUGGCAUCUGUCCAGCAAGAUUUUUCCUAAGUUACAUGAAAGCUCAUUGUCAUGCAAGUGGCUUUCUCUCCUAACUCAGUACCAGCUACACUUCUGUUCCAGGCAUUGAAGAGAAACCCAAGGAAAGGGUCAUUUUUUUCCUGAUUCAAAGAUGGGUACUGGUCCUGGGUACAGGGAUACAGCAGAGAGGGGCCACCUCCCUGUCUCUCAUUCUCUGUCUUUUCGUAUGAGGGACCUAUGGUUGGGAAAAACAGAUGUAGUUUGACGUGCAGUCCUUUUUCAAGCCCACCAGUAUCCUGCUAAACUGGUGCAUUCAGUUUAGCUACAGUGUGUCACACUCAGAGAACAGGGGAGAGCACUGUACUUUUUCCAUUAACUCUGCUGCUUAUUGUCAGCACCUAAGAAAAUUCAUGUUUUAAAAUAACUGAAAAAACAAAGGAGAAAGCCUCACACCAUGAGAGGUGAUCCAGUGCACUGAACACAGGGGUAACUUUAGUGUCUUCCAAAACACUGCUGUCCUAUUUGCUGUUGCAUAGCUGGGCAGUCGUAGGACACACAGAAGCAAGGCUGUAGCGUCCUCUGCAGAGGACAGAAGGGAGCUAGCACUGCCAAGAUACUCUCUUGCCAACGAUCUUCAUUUCCAUUCUUCAUAAGACACUAGAUACAAAAAGCACAAAAUGAUAUUAUUUGGGUCUUGAUCAUAUAGCGAUCUUUCACUUCAGUAGUGCUAUUUGCUGGUCACAAUUACCUUGUGUUAUAUUGAAACAAGACUACUGGAAGGAAAUGGUGCUAGAACUAGUGACAUCUAUUUCCAACUAACGACAUCUGUUUCCAGCUUUAGACCAACUUCUGGGUUGGCAAACAGCUGGGCAAAUGCCAUUCUCCAAAGCCUGGGACAAAUAGUAGGGACUAACUUGUCCUAUUUUCUUCCCGUUAUUAAUGUUCUGAGAUCGGAGGCCACCACUCUAGGACACCUGUUUGCUCUCCCUGCUGUGCCCUCGACAGCUGUCCCCAGUUCCUUGGUUGUCCUUGAUUUCUGUGUUUACGGGGAAUGUUCCACAUUCGGUGGAUUUAAAGAGUUCUAAAUAGUAGUUGUGUUUAAAAAAUGAGAUUUUAUCCAUAACAGAAUAUAUUUCAUUAGAUUUUUCUUGUUCCACAAAACAUGAAGAUUUGCAUUGUCAUUAGAUGUGCUAUUUGUUUUUUAUUUAACUAUUAACUAGUUUAUCUCUGUUACCACAUGAUUGUUCCAGAUUUGA